GAGUGUUACGUCAGUCCUGCGACGGUAAAGACGUGACGACUUUCACGCGCCAGCUUGCAAGUGGUGUUUUUAUUGCGCGACGUUAACUUAGUUUUUAGCUGAAAUAUUUUGGAUGUUCGCGUAUUCCUCUGACUCCCUUGCGGAAGAACGGUUAAUAUGUUAGUGUGAGAAUUUAGUUUCCGUCACUUUGUUUUGAAAGAGACGUGCGCGAGAUAUGUGUGCAGGGCCACAGAAUAAUGAGCGGUUCUCUUCCUAACUCCUCGGAUGGAAAUGACGACUAUGUAGUGCAGCAGGAAAAUGAGCUGGAAGCCCUUGCAUCAAUAUUCGGAGAUGAUUUUCGGGACAUCCGGACUGAACAUCCGUGGAAGAUCAAGCAGCCUCCAGAAGUGUUCCUGUUCCUGCGUCCCAAAGGUCUGAGCCAUGGCCAGGAGUGUUAUGUGACUGUAGACUUGCAGGUCAGAUGUCCAUUGACGUAUCCUGAUGUGCCUCCAGAACUUAAACUGAAGAAUGCCAAAGGUCUCUCGAAUGACAAGCUUCAAAAGCUGCAAAGUGAGCUGGCCAAACUGGCCUUGCAGCGAUGUGGAGAGGUGAUGAUCUAUGAGCUAGCAGACUUUGUGCAGGGUUUCCUCACAGAACACAACGUUCCACCUUCUCGCUCCUUCCAUGAGGAGAUGCUGAAGAAUCACCGGCGGCAGCAGGAGCGCUUGGCCCUCGAGGAACAGCAGAGGAUCGAUCAGCGCCGCAGGCAGGAAGAGAAAAUGCAAAAUGAGAUACUUGCUGAAAUCCAGAGACGAGAAGAGGAGAAGCGAGAGGAGAAGAGGAAGAAAGAGAUGGCUAAGUUGGAGCGUUUGGAGAGCGAGGCUCAGCCGACUGCAGGAAGCCCAACAUCGGGCAGCGUCAGUUCCCCUGUACCUCCCACUGAGACACCAGAGAACAGAAAAGGAGCUUCGAGCAGACGGCGCACCACUUCCAGCAGCAGACACAGGCGAGACACGUACAGCGAAGAUAAUCCAAGUCCUCAUGAAGUUCUGCACUUCAGCAACAGUGCCAUGGGUGAGCUCCUGGUUCACAGAGGAAAAUGUAUAGGUGAGAGUAAGAGGCUGGGCCGGAGUGUGUAUUAUGCUCUCAAUGCUACCUCGGGAGAGUUUGCUGUUGUAUAUGAAUGGAUCCUUCGCUGGAACAAGAAGAUUGGAAAAUUCUUCACCAGCCAGGAGAAGGAAAAGAUAGAAAAAUGUAAAAAACAGAUCCAUGGAGCAGAGAGUGAGCUGAACUCACUGCUGAAGCUGGACCACCCCAACCUGGUUCGCUACCAGGCGUUGAGCUACAGUGAGCGUGAGGACUGCCUGGUCGUGGACCUCCUGGCUGAGCAUGUACCUGGUAGCAGCCUGGCAGAGAGCCUCUCUUCAGGAACAUCACUGCCCCCUGAUCAGUUGAGGCACCACGCUGCCCAGCUGCUUGCUGCACUUGACUACCUCCACACCAACUCGGUGGUACACAAGCAGCUGACGGCCUCCUCCGUGCUUCUAGAUGCCCAGGGCAAUGUGAGACUGGCUGACUACAGCCUGGCUAAACGGUUAGGGGACAUGUGCAAAGAGGACAUUUUUGAGCAGCCUCACGUUCGCUUCAGCGAGGACACACUGCCCACACGCACCGGCAAGAAAGGGGACAUAUGGAGUCUCGGGCUGCUUCUCAUGGCACUUACUCAGGGACGCGAGGUCAAGGAAUACCCUGUGACCGUUCCCUCCAGCCUACCUGCUGAUCUUCAGGACUUUCUCAAGAAGUGUGUGUGUCUUAAUGAUGUUGACCGCUGGAACACUCAGCAGCUGCUGGAGCACUCCUUCCUGCGGCCACCCUCACCAAAGAGCCUUCCUCCUUGCCAGGAGUCCAGUCCAGAAGACUUGGAUGUGGAUUUUGCGUCUACGGUAAUCCCAAGGAAUCACCUUCUCAGUGCCCCUUUCAGUACAGUGGUGCAGAAACAGUUCUCCCGUUACUUCAUUGAGUUUGAGGAGCUCCAGCUGCUGGGGAAAGGUGCUUUUGGAGCAGUCAUCAAGGUCCAAAACAAGUUGGAUGGCUGCUACUAUGCUGUGAAAUGCAUCCAGGUGAAUCCAGCCAGCAAGCAGUUCCGCCGUAUUAAGGGAGAGGUGACCCUCCUCUCACGCCUGAACCAUGAGAACAUUGUGCGCUACUAUAAUGCGUGGAUUGAGAGACACGAGGCGCCAUCAACAGGGGUAGAGAGCAGUGACACCUCCAAGCCAGCCAGCACCCCUGAGAUGCCUUCACGUCCCGCUGCUCCGCCUCGCCUCAACGAGCUCGGACUCCUCGACAACGUGGAAGACGACGCACCCCCGCCGGCACUGGCCAGUUCGGUGGAGUGGAGCACAUCUCUGGAGAGAUCAUCCAGCGCCAAGUGCAAUGCCACUGACUCCAGCGAUGAGGAUGAUGAAGAUGAAGCAGAUGUGUUCUGUCCGUCUUUCCUUCCGUCUAACAGCGACUCCGAAAGUGACAUCAUCUUUGGCAACGGUGAUGCGAGCAGAGACAGUAUUGUCCAGGAUGAAUUGAGUAAAAGAGAAGGAGUGGACAUGGCAGAGAGCUCAAUAUCCGAAAGACCUCCUCUUAUUGCACAUUAUCUCUACAUCCAGAUGGAGUACUGUGAAAAAAGCACUUUGAGGGACACAAUAGACCAGGGUCUAUAUCAGGACUACAGUCGCCUCUGGAGACUGUUCAGGGAGAUCCUGGAUGGCAUUGCGUACAUUCAUGAGCAGGGAAUGAUACAUAGAGAUUUGAAGCCUGUCAACAUUUUCCUGGACUCUCGUGACCAUGUCAAGAUCGGAGACUUUGGCUUGGCUACUGACCAUCCAGCUAGCACGGCUUCAGCUAUACUGGAGGUGGAGGAUAACAUCUCAGGGCUUCCUCUAAAAUUAGACCCGACAGGCAGCAUGACUGGUAUGGUUGGCACUGCGCUGUACGUCAGCCCAGAGGUCCAAGGCAACACAAAGGCAACUUAUAACCAGAAAGUGGACCUGUUCAGUUUAGGGAUCAUCUUGUUUGAGAUGUCCUACAGACCAAUGACCACGGCUUCUGAGCGCAUCUCCGUCCUCAGCCAACUAAGAAAGGAGUCUAUUGACUUCCCUGAAGAUUUCUGUGAAUAUGAGAAUGGAACACAGAGGAAUGUGAUUUGCUGGCUGCUGAACCAUGACCCGGCCCGGCGGCCCACAGCAGUGGAGCUUUUGAAGAGCGAUCUCCUGCCGCCUCCUCAGAUGGAGGAAUCGGAGCUACACGAGGUGCUACAGCACACCAUGGCUAACGUCAACGGGAAAGCCUACCGCACCAUGGUGAACCAGCUGUUCUCUCAGAGCAGCUCUCCUGUGAUGGACUACACCUACGAUAUUGACAUUUAUAAGGGCAGUUUUAAUUUCAACAGCGCAAAACUGCAGCAGUACGUGUAUGAGACAAUCACCAGAGUCUUCAGAAAGCAUGGUGCAGUAAGGUUACAGACCCCACUCCUCCUACCCAGGAACAAGAAGCUGUAUGAAAACUGUGAGCUGGCCUGCUUUAUGGACCACAGUGGCAUGCUGGUCACUCUUCCAUUUGACCUGAGGGUCACAUUUGCUAGAUUUGUGGCCAGAAAUGGCAUUUCACAUCUCAAAAGGUACAGUAUCGAGCGUGUGUUCAGGCCACGGAAGUUGGAUAGGGCUCAUCCCAAAGAGCUGCUCGAGUGUGCUUUCGACAUUGUUGUGCCUGUAACAAACAGCUUACUCCCUGACGCUGAGACCAUCUACACUAUCUCUGAGGUUAUCCAAGAGUUCACUGCACUCCAGGAAAGGAACUAUACUAUCUAUCUGAACCACACCAGCCUGUUACGUGCCAUUCUGCUGCAUAGUGGUGUACCAGAGGACAAACUGAGCCAGGCUUCUAGUAUACUGUAUGAUGCCAUGAGUGAGAAGCUGACGAAACGCGAGGUCGAAGCCAAGUUCUGCAACCUGUCCUUGUCUAAUAACAGUUUACAGAUGCUUUAUAAGUUCAUAGAGCAGAAGGGAGAGCUGCGGGAACUCAGUCCGCUCAUCAACUCUCUGACCAAACAGAAGACUGCUGCAGUCUCCCAGCUAGCCAAGCAAGGCCUUAAAGAUCUGGAGGAGCUUACAGGUCUGCUCAAGAGACUAGGAGUUAAAAUACAGGUUGUGGUCAAUCUGGGCCUUGUCUAUAAGGUGCAACAGCACUCUGGGGUCGUCUUCCAGUUUGUGGCCUUUAUUAAGAAACGCAAGCGCACUGUUCCUGAUAUAAUAGCAGCUGGAGGACGUUAUGACCACCUGAUCCUGGAAUUCCGUGGACCAACAGCGACUGCUCCCGUGGCCUCCGCAGUGGGGGCGAGUAUAGCCCUCGAUAAGAUUUGCAUCGCCAUGGCAGCCAUGGAAGAACCGCCUCCUAUAAGCUUGUGUGAUGUGCUAGCGGUCCCUGUAGGCCAUACGUCAAUGGGCAGAGCAAUUAACGUCGUGCAGAAGCUCUGGACUGCCGGAGUGUCAGCUGAUUUGGUUUACGAUGUGUCACAGUCUCAGGAGGAUCUUCUGGAUCACUGCAGGCUUGAAGGCAUUACAUUCAUGGUCCUGGUCUCUGACAAAGAGGGCACCUAUGUAAAAGUGAAAUCUUUCGAGAAGGACCGUCAGUCAGAAAAGAGGAUUCUAGAGUCGGACUUAGUGGAUCACAUCAUCCAAAAAUGCCGGACCAAACUGUCUGAUGAGAGAAGCCGAGAGGUAUCAGAGGGAGGUUCUCUCCAGAAUCCUAAGGGAUCACUUCUGCUAAACUCAGGGGCAUCGGAGCAGCACGGGGGAGGUGCAGUAAUAAACAUGAACGUGAAUCUGGUUACACCGGACAAGGUUUCAGCUAGCGCACGACGCCGCUACGAGACGCAGAUACAAACCAGAUUGCAGAAUCUUGGCAACACUUUGCAGAACAAGAGUAAUGACAUCGAGGUGCUUGCUGUCGACUUGUCCAAGGAAACUCUCAUCAACUUCCUGUCUCUGGAGUUUGAUGGAGAAGAGCAGUUCAACAUCAGCGUUAAACACUUACUGUCCCACAUGCCCAAGCAACGCUAUCUCAAGUCCAUCUGUGAUGAGAUCCACCGGUUCAAGAUGAUUAAAAGCGUUGCAGUUGUUGUUUUGUACAGCUACAGAGAUGACUACUACAAGAUUCUUCUAUAAACCAGACGUCAUUCACUGUUCUGGACAAUUUAUUUUCAAGACUCUUUAAGGACUGAAAUUAGGUAUGUUGUUGAUUUAGGUUUGCAGGGGGUUCUUUUUAUUUAGCAAUGAGUGCAGUUUACAUCUCUGCCAAAGGUACAAAUUGUUCAUUUUCACAGGGGUCCAGUUGUUAUUAUUACCAGCUUUGAGCCUCUGCAUUGUAUAAUUCCCCAGUCUGAAUUCUCUCCAUAGUGAUAUCAUGUCAAUCUUUAUUUUCCAAGACAGAGAGCUGUCUAAGAGGAUUUCAAAUGUGUUAACACUUACUGUAUUAUAAAUGCUAAACCAAA